AUGCCCCGACGAUCCACCAGACAAAUAGCGUCCGCCCAACAGGAACAAGUCCCAGAACAACCGCUCCAGCAACAGCUACAAGGACCAGACGCAAACCUUUUCAACCUGAGGCGUCACUGGAAAUGGGCCGCCGUCACCCAGUUCUACUACAUCUUCGCCGACCUCUUCGCCACAAAUGAUGUCUCCAUCACGGAUAUCGAAAACGACUUUAUCCACGGCACAGAUGUAUUCUUACCGCGCAUCAUGCAACGCCUCUUGGUUACCCUCUCCUACGACAGAAAAAUAACGCUCGACAAUUGGCAGAACGCCCUCAGGAAACAGUACGAUAGGCGAGACCCAGACGCUAAUCCCCUUGGUCCUCCCACCGCCACUGCGGCCACCAAUUCAAGGCUUUCUUCCGUCUUGAAGGAAGAAGAGCCCGAGAAACCCUCCUCAGAAACGGGAGACGCAAAGGACGAAGACGAUAAACAACCCAAUGGGACCGACCCAUCCGAAGGGCCCUCCUCCCGUCAACAGACCGAAGACCCUCCUACUCGUCCAAUCGCCGAAGAAGAAGACACAGAAAAGAACAUAAAGCCGACCGUCGACUGGUCAGAGCUCGACAUGUUGCAGAAGCUCGAAACACUCCACACUCUCAUUGAAUGGCAAUUCCAGAACCCACUGCGACUCCGAAGUAUCAUGAAAUCCGACGACGAGUUCGCUUCAUGGAGAACCGAACCUAUUGGUUACGACAGGACUCAGAAUGCCUACUGGUUGAUCGGAGGAAACCGUCUUUGGAUCCAACGCGUUCCUCCUAAACCACCCGCCAAGAAGAAAAAACGGAAAGAAGCUCCAGCAGUUGGUCAGAAGCGCAAGGCUGCAACUAAAGAAGCUGCAGCAAAACAGAAGACAGCCAAACGGCGGAAAACUCGAGCUGAACCUGCGCCUUCGACACCAACGGCUACACCCAGAGGGAGUAGAGCAGCAAAGGAACAGGCCAAGGCCAAGCUAGAUGCUCAAGCCAAAGCACUUGCCGAAUACCAGCGCCAGACCGCUUCACAAACUAGGUCUACUCGUAGUACCCGCAACAGCAAACCUGCGCCUCCACCUCCACCUCCCACAAGGGGGACACGCACAAGUUCACGGUUACGAAACUUGCAAGAUGACGGUUGGCAACAGGUUCCCGAUGAAUGGCUAGAACCGCAGAGCUCUCCUAGCAAAGGGAAGAAGACGGGUCUUGAAGGCGAUGACGACAGCAUAAGCGACCUUACCGAGCUCAGCGACGACGAAGAGGAAGAGGAGGAAGAGGAGCAGGAAGAAUCAGAGGAAGAACCAGAGGAACCAAAAGAGAGAACACCAACUCCCGAACCUGAACCUGAACCACAACAAGAUUUUGUAGAAUGGGAAACGCUGUGCGUUACCCUCGCAGAAUGGGAAGCCUUUCCAGAGCAAUUCGCCAAGUCCACACACUAUCUCGAGCGAUCAUUCUACAAAUACCUUACAACCGUCGUUGUUCCUGAAGUGACCGCGGAGCUAAAGGCUAUAGAACAGAAACGACGACUGGAGGAGGCCCUCAGUCAUCGCAAACGCUCCUCUCGCUUGGCUCAGAGGGAAAGCGAAAAGGAGGCUGCACGGAUCGCUGCUCAAAAGAAGGCUGAAGAAGAUGCGCAAAUGGCUCGCACCCGACGGCUCGAGGCGCGUCUUAAACGCGAACAGGAGGAGAGAGAAAAGAAGGAGCGAGCGAGGGAAGAACGUCGGGCCAACCGCGAGGCGCGUGUUCUGAGGCGUGGUGAAAGUGCUGCCAAGUCGGAGAAGGAUGAAGAGGAACACCACUCGACCGAGGAUGAGAAGCUGCCUACCAAGUCCAAACCCAAAGCGAACGGCAAGGCCAAGUCGCCCGCACGCAACAGCAAGGCCAGUGGUGCCCGCACCCCUGGAAGCGAAUCGGAUUGGGAGCUAGAUUGUGAGAUUUGUGGAAGGAGAGGCAAGAACAUCGACGAUGGCAAACCUAUGAUGUGCUGCGGUCACUGCUCCAAAUGGCAGCACAUCUCCUGCCAUGACAAGAUGGACGCAUCUCAAGGCCGUCCAAAACGGGACUGGGACAAGAUCGAGUUCCUCUGCCGACGUUGUCUCGCUCAGCGACACCCUCCGCGCGCCACCGCUGCUCUCGGUCAAAUUCACCAACCGGCGACAGGAGUCUACGCUUAUCCUUCCCAAGGCAGGUGGCAGAACGGUACCUCGACCGCCUACAUCGACUCUCGCAACCACAUCUCAUAUGGUGCCCAUCCUGACUCCUAUGCUCGUUCAGCCAUUGGGCAGACGUCUAGCGUGCGUAGUUCUGCCGCAGGAGGAUACACGACGCAGUCCGUGUAUGGUGCACAUCCUAAUCAACCGUCGAACAUGAUUUCGUUCAGUCAUUACCAACCGCAGGAACGGGCGUUUACUUCAGAUCCUAACAGGAGCCAAGUCCCUCCUCAGCAUAGUAACCCUUACAUGCGCACAAAUGGUACAAACGGAUCGUGGCCGGUUGAUCCAAUGAAGUAUCCUCAUUACGCCGGCCAGUCUUCCUGGGGUCCCAACUAUGCGAAUCCCUCGGUGCCCAGCCACCAUGUUGCGGGGCACUCUGCACAUGGCAGUAGCCUCCCGUCUUCAUCCCAUUCACACCAAGUUGACAUGAGCUACUACCGAAGCACAGCUUACGACCAACGUCCUCCACCCCAUGCAUCUUCGGCGGCUCCGCCUCCUCACGCAGCUUCUCAUUCCCAUCGAGAAGCCUAUCAACAAUACCCUACAUCUUCCAGCUACCCUCCAGCGCCCCCUUCUCACUCGCCAUCGCAUCCAUCGUCGUUACCUCCAGUUCAACAACCACAGUAUUCACAUACUCGUACACCGUACCCACCGCAAUCUUAA